AUGCAUCGCUUUUUUGCAGAGCUGGAGUCAUCUCUAUCCGUCACUGAGCAAAACCUGGCAGACCGAGUUCGGUACAUCCUGCGCUCCAACAUAUUUGGUGAUGCCGAACUCGAACGACUACGAUGUGAGGCUCCUUCAUCGAAUGAAAAUGCUACGGCUGGGAAUGCGGCGCCACUAGAUGCGCAACAAACUGCAUAUGUGGAUGCUGCCGUCAAUAUUCCAUUUGUGGCUAAUUCAGACGAUGAUGGAAUAGUCUCCCACGAACUAGAGAAAAUGAGGAGCAUAUUGGAAGAGUCGAUGCUGGAAACGCGCAGCAUGCCUCUCGAAAAUCGACCGCGACUUCCCCCGCAUACCCCUUAG